GAGGCAUCAAUAAAACACACGAGGACAGAGUAUUUCUUCUCCACGCGACAUGUCUCGGUGUUUAGACGGAGGGGGCGUAGUGCUGUGUGUGUCUGUGUGUGUCCUCAGCAUACAGUAAACACACACACACAGCAACAUCCAGGUCCCACAUCCUGGUACUUUACAGCGUUGUCAAGGCAGCCUCGUAGCACGGCUGGCUGGCGGAAAGUAGCUGCAGUGUCCUGGCAACAUAUCUGUCCAAAAACGUUCACAAAAACUGUCCCGGAAAGUUGUGUGUAACUAAAAGGACCCCUGCAUACUGAUGUGAUGUCUGAGAGAUCUGGCAGCUGCUCAGCAGAGCGAACCAUCAUAUAAGAGGACACCAUGUAAGUUAAUGGAAGUGAGGAUUGUGGACUGAGAGGAUGAACUGAAGCAGUGUGACGGGGGAAGAGCCAACCACUACUGUUGGAUGAGAACCGAUGGGCUGGCCAUGCCAACUGCAAAAGCAAAAGGUGGUUCAGCAUCCCACCGCUACCGGCCUGCCUCAGAGUAUGAUGACGCCACCCUCACCCAAAAGAGACAAUACUGGAGAACCAAGAAACGAGAGCAGAGGGCCCGACUGUCAGAACGAAGACGAAAGUCAACACAAGACAGCCACUUACACAAGACAGAUAGCCUCUUACACCUACAUGCCCCUGCAGUGGUGAAUUCCACUUUAUCCGACUCUUUUGCAGCAUUCUCUUCUCCUUUGCAGAAUAAUGACAACUCAAACAAAACAGUCAAUGUCUCUCCUGCAUCACAGAGUGGAAAUACAGUGGGGGACAUCUCUGUUGAAGUCACUGAAAACCAAAAGGGGAAGUGGCUCAACACUAUGAGGUUUAACAAGGAUUUGCCUCAGUUGCCAGCAUCAUGUACCAUCUCAGCCAAAGCUGCUAGGAGCAACACAGCUACAGGAAAAUGCCUAACAGCCAGGGGUGCUGUGAGCAGAGCCAUUACCUCACCCACUCCCAGUGGAACCCAGCUGAACAGCCAACCCUCAGUGCCUCCAGUCAGAGUGUCCAGAACUACCAAUGGCAGCUCCGCUCAAACCACACCUCAGCCAUGUGUGUCUAUGCAGGGAGCAUCAGUCCCCAAAACGCAACAUAAGACACAAGUUCCAUUACACAUUCAGCCCAAACUCUUACCCACCAAUGUGACCCCAGGUGUGAUCCUCGUGUCUUCUCCACGUGUCCCAGUUUCUGUUAAAACAGAGGGCCAAACAGCGAACACAGCACCUCAAAGUGGAACAAAGAGUGCCUUGGUCACCUUGCAGAGGGCUAAAGGUGUAAGCAACUUCCAGUCUUCCCUGGAGUCAGAGGAGGAGAGAGCAGCUAAGCGCAGAGAGCAGUGGCGAAUCAAGAAGCGAGAGCAGAGGGCAAAGCUGGCAGCGCAGAUGGCUAAAGCCAGAGAGAGGACGCAGAGUUCGGAGAUGAUCUUACAGAGGCAAACAGCACAAAAAACAAGACUCGUCGGUGGCACAAUUCUUCAGCAUCUUCCAUCUCAGACAUUUUUUAAGGGAGCAGGACACAAACAGUGUCCUACUCGUGUCAAAUCUUCAUUUAAAUCUGCCAAAAGGGAAAAUGAUAAACUGCAAAGUGGGGCAGCAGGUUUAGCUACAGUUAACCUACAAGCAGAUCUGAUGAAAGUACAAAAUCCACAUGUGAAUAGGACAAAACAUACAGCCAUCACAUGUGAUGUCAUUUCUGUAAGAAAACCAGGGGAGUCACAUAGAAAGCUUCCAAGUUAUGUCCAUUUUUCACAUGUUUCCAGAGGGAUCGCACGAUGUAAAACACCUAGACAGAGGUUCAUCGAAGCCCAGAGGAACUGCAUGAAUCAAAGAAACAUAAGAUGUAAAUCACAGUUGCUUGCAUCAGUCUUUGGUACCAGAAAUAUCCCCCAAAUCGACCCAAACGACACCCCUGAGCAGAUAAUAGCCAAAAGGCGAGAGUAUUGGCGGAUUAAAAAGCGCGAACAGCGAGCUAAGCUCUCAAUGGAAGUGAAGGCUCGGUUGAAGGAGAAGGACUCUCUGAUGCGGAGAAUGAAACGCUACCAGAGAAUCCUGGAGGAGAUGAGGAGGGCCAGAGCUCUGGCCCAGUCAGCAGAAAGCACCCUUAGCCACGCCUCCGAGACCAUCGGAGGGUUCAUCAAAGAGGACGGGACAGUGACCAUCAACAUUCCCCAAGUUCCUACAGAUCACAGCACAGCAGCACACAAAAGUGAAGAAGAGUGUAGUGUUGUUGCUAAUAAUACCCCCAUCACUAAACCUCAGCAUCUACCCAACACUAAACACAGAGCUCUAGCACCCAUGGGUGUAGGCCAGCCCCCCCCUCCCCUCCGCCCAGCUCGGGUCAAAGUCUCUUUUCCUCUUGCUGGACAGUCCGGCAACAAGCCUCCAAGACUUGUGCAAAUCAGACCAAGAACUCAAUUUGAAAGCACAACUGCUCCUAAUUCACACAAUAUAGCAACCCAAACUGUAAAUCAGCUCACACUCACUCAUCCUCGAACCCCUCAACAUGCCAUUUCUGGAGGAUCGACAGCAGGGUUGAAUCUUGGUGGCUGUGUCAUGAAAAUGGCCAUCUCCAGCAGCGCAGCAUCACUGUCAGCACUCACUCUGGAUCCGGAGUUGACGGAGGAGGAGAGGAUGGCAAAGAAGAGGGAGUACUGGAGGAUAAAGAAGCGGGAGCAGCGAGCAGCUCGUGCUGCCCGGUUGAAGCUGGGUGUUUUACAAGCCAGAGCCAAUGCGACCCUGCAGAGGAGGAAGGCCCUGAGGCGAGCAGCAGAGAGCAGGUCUCUCAGCAGCCAUACAGGAAAUGCACAAGCUCUCCUCAACAACAGCGUGCCAGUUACACCACAUGCAAAUGAGAUCAAACAAGAGAGUGAGUCUGUGCCAGCAGUUGACCUAAAUUCUCAACCGCAACAAGCCAUCUGUCCAGAUAUGAAACCCCCAGCCUCCCCUCCACCACCUCCAGAGCCUCCGGCUGAGCCUCCAGAGCCUGACCCAGCCCUGAACGCAGACAGCCAAGCUACCACUCUGCUAGCCGUGGCCUCCAUGAAGAAGCUCCUGGAAGAAUCCCUUAGCACCGUGACAGAGUGUAGCAGUGAGCAGACUGGGGUUAAAAUAGAGUCAACGGAGGAAUUCUCCGAGCAAGAGAAUAGCCCACAUUUACCUCAGAAUGAGGUGGCUCCUAUUGCUGCUGACCUGACCUUAGAAAUAAAAAGCUUGCAGCCAGAUACAGAUGAUUCAGUACAGGCUGCUUCACUAAGCCCCCCUCCCAUGGACUCAUCCCAAAGUAGCCAGACACUGUCACCUCUUCCUGCCUCCAGCAAGGUAGUCCAGCGUCCCACCUGUGAGCACUCAUCCCAAACCCUUUCCAACUUUAUAGUAAACCCCUCCAUGGAGGCCUCUGACAGCCCAGCUUCACCACGCAGAGCUCAGAGGCUUCACACCAACAAGGGGGACCAUCAGAGCUGUUGUUCCACAGAGCCACCAAAGCUGCACCACUUACCCAUGCAUCCACUACAGCCACAGCAACAAGAGUGUCAGGCACAAGAACAAUGCCAAGACAGCAACACAGCACCAGGAGAAGGAAAUGCGAGUGUGGUGAGCGAACACAGCGGCUCCAUCAGCCUGCAGAGGAAGAGGGAGUACUGGAAGCUGAUGAAGAGGCAGCAGAGGGCCAGGUUACGGGCCAGGCAGAGAGAGAGACUGGGAGAAUGCAGCAGCCGGCUUUUCCACAAAAACAUUCAGGCUCCAGGUCUCGUUCUUGUCAAAUCUGUUAAGGGUGUGAAUCCGCCAGCAAAAGCAGCACUCCAGCACAAGCCAUUCGUUGCUUCUCUGACUGCAGGGAGCACCAUUCCCUCUGUGCUGGUCGUCAGCCCCACAACCUGUAAUACUGAACAUUCACCUGACACACUCCAAGUCAAACUGCCCGUCAGCAGUGUCUCCUGUCAACCCAGGAGCCAGCAGAACCACCUCAACGUUGGGCCUUCACAGACCGUGUCUGACUAUCAAGGAGCUCUCGAGAACCAGCAGCAAGCCAUGCCAGCUCUACACAAGUGGAUGUCUCCAGGCUCAGAUGUAGACUCAACCCCCUCCCUCCCUACUCUCAAGCCCCCAGACAACCCACUGUCCAGCAUCAACCUGCAGCCAAUUGAACCCCCCCAAACUCCAAAUUCCCCGCCCAGCCCAAUAAAAAACCCUUGUUCUCCGCUUCAGAGUCCCACACAUAUCAUACACUCUCCUAUCAAGCUGGGGCCUGUAACCACCAUGGUUCCACCAAAGCCCAUCCCAGGAGAGUCUGAGGAAGACUUUCUGAAGAGGAAGCGGGAGUACUGGAGGGUAAAAAAGAAGGAGCAGAGAGCCAGGAAGGCCAUCCGGGGAGGGGGAACCACCCCAAGGAGAGCCUCCAACAACCCCAGGCCCAUCCUGCCUGCCCAGGACCUCCAGUCACAGGUCAGCACGCCACAGGAUUCUGAUCAGAGGGUGAGCACCUCUGAGGACUCAGAACAUCUAAUCAGCAAUUCCGAGGACACGGGCUCCUUUCCAUUUGAAAAUUUGACUGCACCAGUGGAAGAUGAGGGAGAGCUUCUGUUCACUGACUAUGAGAAUAAUAAUGGCGAGGAAGAUCCUGUCUCUGAUGCCGUGUGGAGGAACCGCUACCUCAUGGACUAUGAUCCACUCAACCAGCUGCUGGUGUGCAUGGUGUGUGGGGAGCUGCAGUACUCCCACAGCCUGGAGGGGGUGAGGGCCCACAUCGACGAGGCCCACCCAGACACCCUGACCCUGGAGCCCAGGGAGCAACAGCAAAUACUGGAAGCCUGGGACGAGCAGGUGUCCCAGCGAGAACGCUUCUUCACCAGCCAGCUCCAGCAGCACAGCGGGGCCCUGGCAGAAGCACACGGGGACUGAAGAGCAGAGGACAUGACUGCUGGAGACAACUGAAGAUUACGGACCAGGAGAGAAACCCACACUUUGUCUUAUUUAUUUAUUGUAAUUAUCAUUUUGUGUACCUUCAUAGAGAGAAUGCUGUAUAGGGAACAUUCACCCCAAAAAGCAGCUUUACCUCAUUUCUUUUUACUUAGAAGCUAUGACAGCUGAGUUUUUGUGAUAAUGUUUAAAAUAUUUAAAAGAAAAGUCAUUCUUGGAAGUGGUCUUUGUACUAAGCUAGGAUAAAACAUCCUGGACCUAUCUCUGUAAUGAAUACACUGAUAAAACUUAUAUCAAAAUCAUUUCAUAUUCUUUACAUGCUCUACUUCCUAAAAUCUUCAAUUAUUCCUUUAGGUUUGGUUGCAACCACCCUCCCUUUCUCUAGUAACCAGUACUGCCCUACAAAGUCUAACUGCAGUAACUGCAUUUUUGAUCAAAAUUUAGUUAUAACUAAAAAAUUAACCUCUGAUGUCUGUUUUAUCUUGUGACAAAGUUUUAGAUUUCAAUUGUGCUGUAUUUCAGAGAAAUAAUGAUAUAAAAAUUGCAGUAACUACAAAAUCCAACUUAAAACCAAAGCAGACCACAGUAAGUUGUAGCCUUGUAUUUCUUCAUUCUGUUGAAUAGUGAAGACAAGAAUAAUAGAAAUUAGUUGAUUUAAUAGGGAAAUUAUUAUUAUCUAGAUUGUGAUUAAGUAAAAAGUGUGAUUAAAUUACAUUGGACACAGAUCUUUGAAUAGAGUUGUUAAACACUUAAAUACAUUUAUAACAAAAUCAAUUUGAAAAUGUUUAUUCACUGAAAACAAAAUAUAAAAGCAUAAAGAAGACAACAGCAUUGUAGUUACUGCACUCUGUUUAUCAUUACUAUUAAAACCUUUUACAGCAAGAUAAAAGAUAGAAAUAAUGUAAAUUAGAAGUUUAUUUGAAAGGGAAAUUAUUAUCUAGAUAGUGAUGAAGUAAAAAAAGUGAGAUAAAAUUAUAUUAAGACUAAAAUAACAUUUCUUUUAUCAUAUUAAGUCUAAAAUACACAAAUUGAAUAGACACAAAUACACAAAUAAUAAUAAAAAAUUUAAUAGAGUUGUUAAACACUUAUACCCAAAUCAAUUGGAAAAUGUUUAGUCACUGAAAACAAAUGAUAAAAGCUGAAAGAAGACAACAUUGUAGUUACUGCACUUUGUUUCAUUGCAUUACUAUUAGAACCUUUUACAGCAAAACCAGAGUGCAGUAACUACAUUUCGGGGGUCAAAGGUCAAAUAAAUCAUCAUGAUUUUUUAGUAUAAAAAUGACAUCAUCAAUUCAUGUAGAAAUAAGUGUCAUAUCACUUACCUAUCUUUAACCCAUUUGGCUGGCCAGUUAGAAAACGUUAAAAAAACUUUAAAGCAGUUUUUCCCCAGUUUGACCUUUGUGUAGUUACUGCAGUUAGACCUUGUAGAGCGGUGUUGUGAAACCUAUGGUGGCCUUCAUGUGAGGUCAAAAUGUGAGAGCCCUCUCCAGCCACUGGUUUGUCCGUUCUGAGUUCCAGUAAAAACAUGAAAGACUCUCUCUGUCACUACCUGAUCUGAUACACCUCUCAACAAAGCUAUGAAGGAAGCUAACUAGUUUGCUAACUAGCUAAGUUAGCAUCUACCUUGGAGCCAACAAAAAGUCACAGUUAAACUAGGAUAAGUUAGCUAGUUAGCAAACUAGGCUGUUAUAUACUAUUAUCAUAUGGUACCUCACUAGACUAGACUGCAUCCAGAAGACAUUAAAACCUGUUUUUAUCAAUAACAUUGUCUGUCAAAGGUCGGUCCUUGUCUGAUGAUGGAAGUAGCCAACGAGGGAGCCAUCUUGUUUCCUUUCCAUCUCUGUUGAUAGGCUUAUUUUAGCAUUUUGGGAGGACAACAGAUAUCUGCGAUAUCAUCAAAAUAUAACCUGCUGCUACAUAAUAUGUAAAAAGUAAUGUGUUGAUUUCUCAUAAGGUUUGCAGAAGUUACUGUGUGUAACUAAAUACCAGUGUUAAGGCCUGGUCACACCACAAUGUGGCACAGCUAAAUUAUGAUUUAAAUAUUGACUGAAUUGUAUAAGAACAAUAGCACAAGUAGAAAAAGGUCAUAAAGUAAGCAAUUUGAGUAAAUUAUGUCAGUUACACAAUCUCUGAAGUGUGUUAGCAUUAGCCUAUUGGCUAAAGGUAAAACCAGACCACGACUUAAGAACAGGUGGAAAAGUAAUGACGCAUUUCAGCUGACUUUUUUUUUUUACAGCAAGAAACUGACAGCGGUCAUAGUAAUUGAAAAACUAACCUGCCAUAAAUAUGUUUGUUUUUUUUCAUGUUUCCACGGAUGAAAACAAAGAGUAAUUGUUGUAAAGGAAAAAAAUAUUUAGAUCACACAUGACACAUUUUUUCCUCACUCGUCUCUCAGGACUUCCGCAGAAUUGAGCGUGAAGUGUUGGUUUUAUUGCUGCUGCGUCCAGCUUUUAUUUUCUAAGCGGAAGUUUGUAAAAUAUAUUUUUUCCACAGUCAGUCUCACUUUAAAGCCAGACUAAUAAACCACCACACUUUUGGAGCAAACAAAAUCAGCGUUAAGCAAAUAUUAAUAUGUGGGACAUAUUAAUGGUUUAAUUUAUGCUUACAUUGCUGAACAACUCAAAUAAUAUGUACAAGUACAAUGGUGUAAAAAGAACCACAUCUAAGCUGAAAACACUGAAACAUUAAUAUCUGAUAGGUGUGAUGCAUGACAUAAAUUUAGAUUUUAUCCCAAGACAGCCAGCUAUAAGAAAAGAAACACACACACAUAAACACACACACACAUACAAACAUUUCUGCUCUCUAAUUUGGUGGAGCUGACCAUUGCUACCAGUUUUGUAUAGUGUUUUCUGCACUUCCGGCAGGCUGCAUUCAGGUCCAAGACUGCUCUAGACGGCUGUUAGUUAUUGGAUUGUUGCAUGGGUGUUUGGAACUGUUUUUUAUGUGAUACUGCACCAUGCUGUUCUUCAAACCCUGAACCUUAUACAUGUUCCUUGAUGAUAACGUUUUGUAUUGAGACAACUUUUUUAUGACUUUCUCAACUCUAAAAAAAACCCUCCUGCAGUUCAUAUCAGCAUCUCCAUCUCACCAACCUUCUGCACUGUAAAUACACAAAAUACUCAAGUGGUUUUGAGAUGCCAAAUGUUUCUUUAACUGUGCUGUUUCACAUGUUUUGAGCAAUUGUAUUAAUAAUUUAUUGAAUCUCCUCUUCUAUGAUUAUUGAGGAUGCAUCAUUCAUAUCCGUAGAGAGUUCCACAUUAGAGACAUUUUUCAUUUGUGAGUAUUGAGGACCCAAAGGCUUUCCUGCAUGAGUAGUCAAAGGAUGAACACUUGUAUAUCACAUAUAAACUCUGGAAUGCAUCCCCAUGAUUUUGUAUGAUUUUCAUUAAUGCUGAAACAAUGUUCUGUUUGAGCACAAAGCUGUAUAGGUCGCUCAUGCUUGGAGAAACUGCCUGCACAGCUGCAACACAGUGUAAAUAGCUGGGAGCGACCAAGCUACUUUACCUUCUGAGAAUGUAAUUCUGACUUGAUGACUUGUUUACCAGUUCAAAGGGAAUGUUUAAAUGCCUUUUCAGUAAUAAACCUUUUCUACCUUUA